AUGGAUUCCUUGAUAACAUUCCUACAACAGCUAACUCCAAAUCGAGCUCGCAAAGCAUGGAUCAUCAUUGAUGCGACAGUCGUAGUCUGGUCAAUUCUGCUUCUGGUGGAACUCUUGACAACACUUACGCCAAAAUUUCGCUUGGAAGGGGAAAGAGCAUACCUGGUUUACAAUUUUGGAGCGACCUUAAUUUGGAUGGUGGCGUCAGGUUUGCAUCUAUUGGAUCAUUACAUCAAAUAUCAUCAUCAUGGUGGUGGUAGUGAAUCAUCGACACAGGCUGCUGGACACGAAACAAUACCCAUUUCAAGUCAGCUGGAGUCGCGUGCUGAAGAGCAAAAGGACAUUCGUGUCCUAGUCUUGGAAUGGAUCUUGGCCAUUUAUUUUCUGUACGCUUCUACGAAUGUUUACAAGCAAUGGCAGAAACCAGAUGAGGACGUGGAGGUGGAAAUAGUAGACACUCUCGUGAAUGCAGGUUCCUAUGCUUAUCUGGUGAUGAGGGUGUGGUGGCUUCCAAAAGAUGAUUACACAGAAGUACCAUCUGCUGAAUCAAUAGAUGUAUGA